UUACUUCAACAUAUACUUUUGUGAAUGGAAACAAUAAAAUAAUAAGCAAAGUGACUAGUUUUGUCUCUAUAUAUAAGUACUACUAAUAAAGAAAAUUAAGCUGUUCAAUCUCACACACACACACAUGUUCUAACCAUUCUAAAGCUUGGUUAGCUAGCUCUUAAAAUGGCUGAAGUUGAGUUUGAAAGUUUGUUUAAUCAUGCCAUGAGAGGGCAAUGGAGAGAAGUUUUAGAGUCAUAUGAGCAAAACCCUGAAGUAUUGGAGGCAAAGAUCACAAAAGCAGAAGACACGGUGUUACACAUUGCCAUAUACGUGAGCCAAACAAUUUUUGUGACAACCUUGUUAGAUAACAUAAGCCAAGAUAUGUGCCGGAACAUCCUAAGAAUGCAAAACUCAAAGGGAAAUACUCCUCUUCAUGUUGCAGCAGAGCUUGGGAAUGUAGAAAUUUGCAACAAUAUAGCCAGAAGAGAUCCCAUCCUCAUUUCAUAUCGAAAUUUUGAAGGCGAGACUCCUCUUUUCUUGGCAGCUGUUCAUGGAAAAAGAGAUGCUUUCUUUUGUCUUCAUGGUCACGAACAGAACAAAGAUGAUGACUCACUUUCAAUCAAAAACAAUGGAGACACUAUUCUUCAUUCUACCAUAUCCAGUGAAUACUUUGGUUUGGCACUUCAAAUAAUUGGAAUGUAUCCAAAGCUUGUGAAUGUUGUAAACCAUGAAGGAUUAUCACCUCUGCAUAUUCUUGCUAGGAAACCUAAUUGUUUCAGAAGCUGCACAAGGAUGGAGUUGAUUGAUCGUAUCAUUUACACUUGUUCAAUUGUUGAUGAGGACAAGGAAGAAAGAUAUGACAUUCAAGCACACACACAGACCUCUCAUCACUAUCCACUGAACUAUGGAACAUGCAUGACCUUCAUAUCUUUGUUGAAUAGGUUUUUUAAAGUAACAACAACAGGAAAAGAUACAAAAGCUGCUGCAACUAGUGAUGAAGAGAACCAUUGCUCGCGAAAAUCUGAGCAAGAGCAAGCAAAGAAAGAAAAGAAAAAUCACUGGUUCCCGCCCAAUUGGGAAUCCAUGAUCCGAAUUCUAAUCCUAGCAAUGAAGGUCUUCCUAAUCAUCUUUGGUGUCGGAGCAACAUGGGUAGAGAAAAUCCAAAGGAAGAAGGAAAAACACAUUCGGGCUAAGCAAGUGAUGAAUGAACUGAUUCAGCACGCUUCUUUAUACAAGUAUGAUUUUACAGGACCAAGUCCUCGUGUUGAAGAACUUGGUGGUGGUGACAUAGAUAAAAUAAAGAGCAAUACAGAAAAUGAAGUUAUUGAGAAAAGGAGAAUGGUGUCACCAAUUUUAAUUGCAGCAAAGAUGGGAGUGACUGAAAUGAUUGAAAAUAUUCUAGACAUGUACCCUGUGGCUAUUCACGAUGUGGACAGUCAGAACAAGAAUGUUGUUCUUUUGGCCAUAGAGAAUAGGCAACCUCAUGUAUACAGUUUGUUAAAUAAGAGGAGUGUAAUCAAAGAGACUGCAUUUCGUCAAGUUGAUAUCAAUGGUAACAGUGCAUUGCAUCUUGCUGCUACUUAUAGGAGGUUUAAGCCUUGGCGUGUGCCCGGUGCUGCAAUGCAAAUGCAGUGGGAAUACAAGUGGUAUAAGCUUGUUAAGAACUCCAUGCCGCCUAAUUUCUAUGAACGUUAUAAUAAGGAUGGGAAAACAGCAAAGCAAGUCUUCAUUGAUACACACGCACCACUUACAAAAGAAGGUAGUAAAUGGCUCACCAAAACCGCAGAAUCUUGCUCAGUGGUAGCAGCACUUGUUGCAACUGUUGCAUUCACAACCUCGACAGCUAUCCCAGGUGGUCCUGAUCAAGAAUCCGGUAUGCCACUACUGCUAGAAAAGCCUGCUUUCAAACUCUAUGCUGUAGCAUCACUUGUUGCACUUUGCUCCUCUGUCACAGCCCUUGUUUUGUUUCUUUCCAUACUCACAUCUCGGUUUGAAGAAAAAGAUUUUGUUAUUGACUUACCAAGAAAGCUUCUUGUAGGGUUGACUACACUCUUCACAUCUAUAGCAUCUGUGUUGGUCUCAUUCUGUGCAGGACAUUUCUUUAUUGUCGAAGCCCAGAUGAGAUUUGCAGUUUAUCCCAUAUAUGCCGCAACAUGUCUGCCUGUAUCCUUUUUUGCCUUGGUCCAACUCCCUCUGUACUUUGAUCUGAGUUUGGCUAUGUGUCGGAAGGUUCCUCAGCGCAGCUACAAAGUGUUCUUUCACUAGCUGCUUCAUCAUUAGUUUUAAGUUAAUCUUGUUCUUUCACAAGUAGUAAUAGUAUAAUCAAAUCUCUUAGAUAUUUCCUAACAAUAAACACUUUCAGACUAUGUCUUACUUUAAGAUUUUUUUUAAGUGAUAGGCAAUAGGCAAAUGUUAUGAGACACUUUUGGUUCUUAUUGUGCAAGAGUUUCAUUUUACAAGAUUAACAUUGCACAAUUUCAUUUUAUCUUAUUGGCAUUGCAGUA